CGCUGCUAAUGCCAAUGAUCAUGCAACGUCAGUCUUCUCCAGUCUUCAAAACACAAAUACUAGGACAUGGCGUGUGUAAUUAGCUACCCAUAAAGGAAGAGACGCUGGAAGUAAAACAUCAGAGCAACACAUGCGCACAAAGAGUCAUUUGUACCCAUCAGCAGUUGGGAGGGAGAAGAUAGACACAAUUAAGCUGGGUGAUCAUUGUCUCCGGCGCCCCCGCAACACACACCAAGCACGCCAUACAGUAUUGAUCUCAGCCUGUAGCAAGUGAAGCCAACUAACGUGAAUGAACUAAAUCAUAUUGUAUCAAAGCCCAGUUAUGAAGCUUAUUGCCUGAAGUGAACAGUUUCCUUAAUCAGUGUAAUAAACGGACGACUCACAUCGACAUCGGCCAGCCAAGCAUGUCUUCUCGCACACGACUCAAAAAACGGGACACACCUGACCCAGAAGAAGAACUGGAACCCGAAAUAGAAGUCAGGCUGAUCAGCACCAGUGCUAAAUCAAACUCGGAGGUUAGUUAUGACUUCAAGAGCCGCCAGUACCAGUCGUUACAAGCUGGAGAUUUUCUUAUCCACCUGCUGACUUUACCCUCCCGAGUCAUACAAAAAGAGGAUCUGGAGCUGCAGGCAAUUGUUCAACAAACUUCUCAGGUUAAAGAAGAUAGUACGCAGUUUACUACACAGAAAAAUCACUAUCAGCAACAGCAUCAGGAACAGUACCAACAAGAACAUCAACAGCACCUGCAGGACGUAGGCCAGGACUUGGAGGAAAUCUACGGUAAUAUCAUGUCAGCAGAGCAACUGGCCAAGUUAGACACACAGCCAAACCCGUUCAACUUCAGCGAGCGAGUUUCUCAGACCCUUCGCAUCCCUAGAAAGGAUCUGGCGCUACAGACGGACCAGCCACCCAGUAACACGUUCGGCAGUAACGUGGGCCUGUCUGUCAUCUACGACUUCUACCAGCGCCACUACUGCCUGGUCAUGAUCAGGGAGAGACAGCGACAAAUGGAGAAAGACAAGGAAGAUGAAAAAGAAAAAAAAUCUUCUAAAAAUGUAUGUAGUGCUUUGUUCUGCACCGGGCAACUAUUGCUUAAGGGUGCACCGGGCCACUAUUGCUUAAGGGUGCACCGGGCCACUAUUGCUUAAGGGUGCACCGGGCCACUAUUGCUUAAGGGUGCACCGGGCCACUAUUGCUUAAGGGUGCACCAGGCCACUAUUGCUUAAGGGUGCACCGGGCCACUAUUGCUUAAGGGUGCACCAGGCCACUA